GGGUAACUCUGUAAUUUGGGUGGCCUUUUCCCCUCUCCCUCUCUAAAAGAGUUACUUUGAGAAAGUGGUUCUUUUUAUCUUGGCCAGUGCAAGCUUUCAAACAGGAGAAGACGAGUGGAAGGGCAGAAACAAAGAGCUUGGCCUGAUGGAACAAUGAAACAAUAAGUUCAGACAAAGCUGCAAAACUAAUAUAAGUCUCCACCCUGCACAUAAAACAAAUAGAACAAGAAGGCAUGGGGCUACUUGAUCAAGCCAACAACACCAUUAUUCUAGAUGAUCGCAUCUUGGAUAAAACAUUGUCCUUUGGCUGGCACACAAAGAGCCUUGGUACAGCAAGUGAAGGACUCCAAGGAUCCAAUGAUGUUAUGAUGGACAGCACCAAGAUCCUGGGCGUCCAGAUCAUACUGAUAGCUGCCUACUCCUUAAUCAUUUUGCUGGGAUUCAUUGGCAACUCCUUGGUCAUCUACAUGAUAGUGAAAUACAAAACUAUGAGGACUGUAACUAACUUUUUCAUAGCUAACCUAGCUCUGGCAGACUUAAUGGUGGACACACUCUGCUUGCCCUUUACCUUGGCCUACACACUGUUGGAUGAAUGGAAAUUUGGGGCUGUGCUUUGUCACUUGGUUUCCUACGCGCAAGCUUUAAGUGUUCAUGUCUCCACCCUCACCUUGACUGUGAUUGCUCUGGACAGGUACAGAUGCAUUGUUUUUCAUUUAGACAGCAGGAUUUCCAAAAAAAUCAGCUUCUCCAUCAUAGCUAUUACAUGGCUGGUUGCUGCUGUCCUAGCCAGUCCACUUGCCAUCUUCCGAGAGUACAGAUAUGAAGAAAUUCCAACCAUCAAUCUCAGAAUAGCUGUCUGCUCAGAGAAGUGGCCUUCUGAAAACAGGGAUGCCACCAUAUACAGCUUGUCCAUGCUCCUCUUGCAGUAUAUUCUUCCCCUUUCCAUCAUCUGCUAUGCUUACAUUAGGAUAUGGUUCAAGCUGAAAAGCCACAUCAGUCCCACUGCUAGGAAUGACAGUCAUUGUCGCAGGAGAAAGACCACAAAAAUGCUAGUCAUGGUGGUAGUGGUGUUUGCAGUCUCUUGGCUCCCCUUCCAUGUGUUCCAGCUUGCUGUUGACUUAGACUUGGUGCUCAUCUUCCAUGACUAUAAACUGCUUUACACCGUGUUCCAUGUGGUGGCCAUGUGUUCCACUUUUGCUAACCCUUUGCUCUAUGGCUGGAUGAAUAAGAACUACCGGAAUGGUUUCCUCAUGUUUUUCCGCUGUCAGAACAAGCCGGAGAGACUGUAUACUGAAGGAUCGAUCAGGGGUCGGUCCUACACUUUCAGAGCCACCACCUUGAAUGGGAGCAUCAAGCACUCAACAGGCAAUGGGCAGCUACCAACACAAGUUUAACACACAAGCUGCUGCAUCUCUGCAAAGGGGCAGAAAUACCACUGAGGAGUAGCAUCCAUCAGGAACUUUGGCUUUCCUAAAAAUAGUAAUGUGUUGUAUUGCCCAAAUGCUACUUGUAUUAAUAUCAUAGCCAAACAAGUGCACUUUGUCUGUUUGUCCAGUACCUCAUGUACUGUCCAUUCUGUUUCAUGAAGCAAGCUAAUUAAUCCAUGCCUCAGGUUCACUGAUGCCUGUUACGUAAACAGUGGAAAACAAGUUGUACAUGGGGUGCUUUAAUUUACAAAACAGUUUAGCCCUACUGUUAUCUGGAAGAGGGGGCAAGAUUAUUUAACUGUUU